GCAGUAUAUGGACGUUCAUUUGAUUCAUUACAAUGGCUUCCAUUCGAGUUAAAUUUCAAAAUUUGGAAAACCGUUGAUUCGGUUGCGACACUGUGGUCUGACGUUGGGCUGUUACCCAUAUAUAAUCAAAGAUGCCAAGAAUUAGGCCUCCCGACGGUAGAAAGACUUCCGUGGCUGCCUGGUGGUGCUAUAGAAACAGAACAAAUUCCAGUUAUACACGCCUCAAGUAAAUACCUUAUCAAUAUACCACCGAAUCCCAAAAAUCCUAGGGAGAAGCAGUUUGACUAUCCAUUUCUCAGCAUCAAGGAGGAACUAAAGGACUUUGUGCCACCAAAAGAUUUGGUUGAUUUUCUGAACAAGGGACGGAAGCCUAUAUAUUUUGGUUAUGGAUCUAUGCAUAGUUUCGGUGACGAGGAAGGUCGAGUUUGUUUAUGGCUUGAGGUCAUGCGAAAGCUUCCAAGUAAUCAACGCGCCAUAUUUGCUGGA